UGUGUGUGUAUGUAUGUGUGUAUGAGUGCAUAUGUAUGUACGUACAUAUACAUACAACAAAUGUAUGAUGUCUGGUACUGCCGAAGUAUUACUAGACCCAGCUUACUGAAUAAUUAAAGGUGAAUCAUAUCAAUUGGUCUUAGAUACUCACAGCAUACUUCUUCUCUGGAUACACUGGUUAAAUAAAGGAAUAGGACUUAUUAGACUGGUUCCCUCCCUCCUUCCCAUGAUUGGUUCCUGCUAGGUGCUGAUAGAGAAGACAGAACACAUUCCAGACUCUUGUAUGUGACUUACGUUAGGGCUCCUUCUUGCUCCUUACUCUGUUUCGUAUUUAUGUGAAGCUGAUAGGUGAGGUCAUCCAUCAUUUUGGGUUCAGGUAUCAUCAAUAUGUGCGUGUUAUCCAAAUGUAUAUUUCAAUCUGAGACUGGCCAGACAAUACUUGAAUAAUGUAAAGGCCUGAUGAAGAGGUUCAAGUUAAACCCCCCCCCCCUCUUAAAGUUGGCUACAAACCUGUGUCUUUUAAACUGUCACUCGUGCUUGGGAACCCCGCACAUGGAAUUUUGUACUGCACUCUACUUAAUGCUGUCAUUGAAAGCUAUCCAGAACCUGCACCUGGUAUAUAAUUCAACAGGAUGGGUGAUUAUGGACAUGGCAUAUAAUUUACUUCAUGAGCUGAAGUGUUUAUCUAAAUGGCUGUCUGUCUUUUGUAGUUUCUGUGAGAUUGUAAUGGCUGGCAAAGUAGGCAUGAUUCAGGUCUUCUCUGUUAAGCCAUUCCAUUUGGUGGGAUUCAAGGAGCCUUGCAUGCUAGCACCUGCCAUUGAGAACACCAUCUCCCCUGAGAUUUAUCUGUAGAUGGUAUUUAAAAGAGACUUGAAAUCUUGGCUGUUCCCUCAGACCUUGGCCUGAACAACUAGUGGGUUCUCUGUAUUUCUUUUGGAUAAAAUAGCUUUUACUUUUGGAUUUUUGGUGUUUCCCAUUUGUAUUUUAUCUCUACUUUAUUUGUACUUUUUAUUCUACACUACACAGAACCAUUAGAGUUAGGUAACCUUAUACAUCUUAUAAAAUUAGUUAGUCAAUCAAUAUAUCAUUUCAGCUUCAAGAAAAGAUUUUUCUAGUUAUAUCUACAUAUGUCAUGGUUUAAGAAAUCUGGUAAGCUAAUAAUAUAGUGUGGAUUUUUGUUCAUUUUAUUGGGAGUUGUAGCUAAUCUUGCAAAGAAUAGACUAAAGGAAGAUUUCGAGUAUUAGCUCACAUUGCUUUGAGUAGUAAAAGAAGUAGCGGGACAUUCCUUGUAUAAAUAAAACAAUCUGUUUUAGUCAUAGUAUUAAUAGAUAUGCCUAUUGAGGCAACAUGCAUAGAUUAGGAAACAGUUCUUUACUGAUCUCCCUCUCUUUCUCUGUAUGUACUGUAUAUACAUAUUCAUAUAUUCAUAUUCCUUUUUUCUACAUGCAUAGUGAUUACACAUGAUUUUAAUGUUAGAUAAGCCGCAGAUAUUAUUCUUUUAUGAAAUAGAUAAAAGGAUUGCUGAUCCAACAUUAAAACACCGCCUCUUUCCUUGAUCCACUAUUUGAAGGAUAGUAAGUUAAAUUGUUUAGGAUUUUAUUCAGCUUGGAUAGCUAGUAUCCUUUAGCUACCAGAAGUAUUUUGAAUAGCUCCAUUGAAAACAAGGGCUGCACAUAAAAUUUAUUUAAUGCUGCCUGCUACCCCAAAACAGCCCAUUCUAUAGGACAGCACUGUUCCACAUGAGGCUUGAUAAUCUCGUUGUAGAGAAUUGUAUAACAAUGACAUUCCAGUGAAACCUCUUUUUAGCUGCUGAUUAAGAAUUGCCAUAGUUAAGAACAUAUAGUAGUAGUGGCUAACUUAAGACAGAUAAAGCUCCACUUAAUGAUUUAAUAUCUCAGAUAAUAAAGGAUAAUUUGGAUUAGUGAGCUUCUGUUUUGGCUUUGCUGUUUUGUUCAUAGAUAACUAAAUCAAUGCAUUUAAAGUACCCAGUUUUAAAAAGGGAAAAGAGAUGACUCAAGAAAUCAGACCAUUAGUGUUGGAAAUUCACGAAUUGCUUAGGAGAACCUGGUGGAAAAAGCAAGUGGCUUCUUGAAGGGAUAAGUCACCUGUACACCAACAAUUGGAGCUUUGCUUUUUCCAUAUUUCUAUACACAGGUAUAUUGAUUUCAAAUUGGUAUUUAGAUCUGUUUAUCAUUUUAAACUUUAUUUUGAUACCUAUGUUUGUAUAUUUCAUGAUUUUAAAAGGAUUUAUCUUUUUUUUCAAAUCUUCGGGUUGCUUUAAAAAUGAAUCUUCUAAGAUGAGAACAGUGAAAAGAGAAUAUUUGCUAACUUCAUAGGAGUUUGCAUAUAAUAGAUCCAUGGAAAAGAUCUAUAAAUGCACUGUAAAAUAUUUUGUUGCAUGAUUUAAUUAUUAGUAAAACAUGCUUUAUUCUGUUUAUUUUUUAUAUAUAUCAUUUUUACUCCUAUUGUUUUAUAUGACAUCUUUAACAAUUGUUUUUUUCCCCUCCCAGAACACUGUCCUAUUUAUACCUUACCAGUAUUUGAAGGUUCUGAACCAAUAUUUUCUUACCCACACAUUACAUAUUAUUAUCAGGUUUUCUACAAGUGCAAACUAGGAUUUAAACCAAUCAAUGAAAGUCGAACCUUCUUGAUGUGUCAUAAGCGUGCCUGGGUACCAAAUAAAGACGUAUGCAAAAGAAUAUAUUGUGGACAGCCUCCAAAUAUUACUGCUGGAUUUCACAAUGGAACUGCUACCACUUACCCUUUUGGAACAAAAAUACAUUACCGUUGCAAUAAAAAUCUUUCCCUUAUUGGGGCAUCCUUUAUGGUCUGCGGUACUAAUAAAAAUCUAACAGAACUGUGGAAAGAGAAACCACCCAUAUGCAAAGGGGUAUUCUGUAACGAUCCAGUGGUAGAACAUGGAAUAAUGAUAAGUGAACCUAAGAAGACAUAUACAUAUGGAAGCAAAGUUAAAUUUCAGUGCGAAAUUGGGUAUUUUAUGAUUGGAAAUUAUUUGAUUCAAUGUGAAAAGAACAACAAUUGGGUUCCCAUAGUACCAUCGUGUAAAAAUAUUACUCCAGGCAUAUGUGGUUCUCCAUCGAUCCUCAAUGGCGACAUAGAGCCUUUGCAACCUCAGUAUGAAACUGGAAAAACAGUUGUCAUAACUUGCAAUCGGAACUAUUCUUUUAUUGAUGACACCAUAAUGAUGACUAUACAGUGUCAAGGUUAUAAUCUCUGGCAUCCUCCUGCACAAUUAUGUUUAUUUAAAAUUUCACCAGAUAAUUUUCAUCUUUUCAUCAAUCAUGGAAAAAUAGUCCAUGGGAAGAAACAAUAUUACAGGCCUGGAGAUGAGGUGGAUAUUGCAUGCUAUGCUGGCUAUGUAUUGAAAGGGCCAUCUAAGAUUAAAUAUAUUGGUGGGAAGAAAUGGUUUCCUAGUGUCCCAACUUGUCAUUUGAGUAACUUCAUCAAAGUAGUUAUAUGUGGGUGUUCAUUACCUUUGUGGAUUUUGGCAGUCAGAAUGUUUUACCGGAAAUAUAUAGAAGAAAGGUGAACAAGAGAACGUCAGAGAAGAAUGAAAAGGAAGUGCAGACACAGCACCAUAAUAGUGGCUUGGCUGCCUGGGGCAUGAGUACAUUUGUUCCAACAUGAGAAAAUUGAAAGUUGCAUGAGCAAUGACAUAUUCUGCAGUAUGUUUAGCAAGAGUUUCCAACAUCAUCUCUAUAGUGAAAGAGCUCAUCAUCAGCAAGAACUGUCAGAAACAAAAUGGUCAUGUGGGGAAAAUGGAUUUUCUACCUAGAAGCAGCCCAUCUCAUUUCUUUAUUCUAGUGCAUGUAAAUAAAAGGCUCAUACUCCAGACAAUAUUAUUUACUGAGAAAUGAUUGCACUGCAUGCCACUUUUUUUGCCAUAAUGAUACCUCUAUUCUUGAGCUUUUAAAAAGCUUUCAAAUCUUCAAAGGUUCUUUGGCUUGUAUCCUGUUGCUUUGGUGGAGUGUUGUGGAUUGUUUUUACCCAAAUAAUGCAACCUAUUCAGUUCUGGAAAUCAACUCUGAAGAAUUCUAUACUAGUAUGCAGAAUAAUGAUUUUUAAAGAGAAUUAUCAAUAACAAGAUUGAUUGAACAUUGAAGAGAAACAAGAGUUUACCUAUUGAAAGGACAAAGAAUGGAAGCCCAAUGAAAAAAAAUAUGAAUACCCCACAAAUCUGCAACACAAAGGCACUAUACAAAGAACUGACUUUUUGUUUCAGAAGAUAAAGAAAUGUUUUUAAUUUGUGCAGCCUGAGAAGAUAAGGCAUUCUUUACAUGUAAACUUACAGAAACACAAAAAGAAAUGAUCAGUUCUUAAGAAGACAUCUUUACCUAUCCCUAACUUCUGCCUUGAAUGGCUGCCUACUAUUUACAUGCUGCAUUGAAAUGCAAACUAUAAAGAAAGGCAUUUAAAUGUAUGAAAAUAAAUGUAUUAGGAAGGUAUCUUUAAACUUAGGGGCAUGAAACAUCCCCUCUCACAGUUGAAAGCUUUUAUCAAGUUACUUGUCAAUGCUGGAAUAAACUCAUUUGCAGACUCUAUUUAAAAGGAACAUUCUUCAGAAAGAUGGUCUUUUAAAAGAACCAAACAAUAUCUGUGAAAAGUGUUCACAUCAAAAGCUAUUGUUAUUAGCUAAUCACUUUACUUGUAAUAAACACAACAGGCUGCCUUCAUCUCCCUCCCUGAGUCCUUUUAAGGACAUGUAAAAUGUCAACAUGAACAGGACAAUGAUGCCUCCUGCAACAUAUGCAAAUCAUCAUGCUGCCACGCAAGAUGUUUUGCAACAGCUAAUAUGUACUACUUUGUUUUGUUCUUUAAUUGAAACUGGCCCUACUGAAGAAGUUAUGAAACACCAGUUUUUAUUCAUUUGUUUGUGGCCAAAAUGUCACAAGCCAUCAGGAAAACUAAAGUAAAAACUUAUCUAAUUUUACAUAUUUGCCUUUUUGGAUUUUCACUGCAUUUUUUUAAAAAAAGAAAAGACUGAUCAUUAGAAAUGGCAACAUAAAAUAAUCAAUGAACAAACAGCCAUCUAUAUUUGCUUAAUGCUGUAAGGAACAGCAUUCAGACUUAGUAUGUCUCCGGGAUUAAAAUGUCCGAUGUUGGAAUUCUACUCUAAAGCUGCACUGUUGUAUCUAUAGGCUAUAUAAUAGGCUGGUUAUUAAUUGUACUAUUCCAUUUAUUCCUAAAAUGAUGUUUCAGAUCGUUAUAAAUUGUUUGAGCCCAAUUCUGAUGUCAUAUUGCUAAAGUGACAGUGAAUCAUGGGCAGAUGAUAUGGGAAAUAUGUAUGAUGUUAUGAACAGAGUUAGAAAUAAGAAAAUAUGGAGAAUUGGAGGUGAAAGUUGAAAAUACAUAAGUUAAGGGCUUUUGCAGACAACUUUGUUUUCAUUUUGGAAAAUUCUAUGGAUGGAAUAGAUAAGUCAUUAGCAAAAUUAAGAAUUUGGCGUGCCAAUUGAUUUUAAGAUUAAUAAUGAGAAAACAAAGAU